UCCGCCACUUGCUGGACUGGAUGACGUUGGAACAACAAAUAUGGCAGCGGGAAGCAGUAACUACUGGGAAGACCUGAGGAAGCAGGCCCGGCAGCUGGAGAACGAGUUGGACUUGAAGCUAGUGUCUUUCAGCAAGCUGUGCACCAGCUAUAGCCACAACAGUGCCAGAGAGGGAAGACGCGAUAGGUAUAGCUCUGAUACGACUCCAUUACUAAAUGGAUCAAGUCAGGACCACAUGUUUGAAACUAUGGCUGUGGAGAUUGAGCAGCUUCUGGCAAAGCUUACAUUGGUAAAUGAUAAAAUGGCAGAAUACAGCAGUACAGCUGGUGUAACUUCCGUAAAUGCUGCAUUGAUGCACACGUUACAGAGGCACAGAGAUAUUUUGCAGGAUUAUACACAUGAAUUCCACAAAACAAAAGCCAAUUUCCAGGUAAUCCGAGAGAGAGAAGAUCUCAUGGGAUCAGUACGAAAGGAUAUUGAGUCCUACAAAACUGGAUCUGGAGUUAACAAUAGACGGACAGAGUUAUUUUUGAAAGAACACGAGCAUCUCCGAAGUUCUGAUCGUCUGAUAGAAGAAACUAUAAGUAUUGCAAUGGCAACAAAAGAAAACAUGACUUCUCAGAGGGGAUUUUUAAAGUCCAUACAAAGCCGGAUGAAUACUUUGGCUAAUCGUUUUCCUGCACUCAACAGCCUCAUCCAACGGAUUAACCUUAGGAAGCGUCGAGAUUCACUCAUUUUGGGUGCUGUCAUUGGCAUUUGCACUAUCUUGCUACUACUUUAUGCUUUUCAUUGAUAAAUGACUCUUUACAGACUCUGCACAGAAAAAAUAUCCAAGAUACCAGCAGCGACGGGCAGAAAAACUGAGGAUAAAAUGGAGCAUCUGCAGUCCUGCACACACCAUCCAUAGACAAGGGAGUGGAGCAUCUUAAAAGAAUAUACUUUUUAUAUUAACAUUCUCUAUAAUGCUGGCUAUAUCCUUGUGCAUGCCAGCUCUAAAUGCACAAUAUCAAUUAAUUUGUCACUGUAUCUAUAAUGUAUUUGGUGAUGCAGAGGUGAAACUAUUUCCUGAAGGGUAAUCUAAUGUGACUAUUGUUCAAAGCCUUGCAAUGUGACUAAACUUUAAUCUUGGCUACUACCAUCUAUACAUCACACAGUCCGUAAUCUUUUUAGUCUUUUUACCUACUGUGUGCUGGCUUACUUGCCAACAAGAGUUUUAUCUGUACAAAGAAAUCCUAUGUUAACUUCCUCUACUGUACUUUUGUUAAUCAUUUUUUAAGCUUGUUCAUUUAUCCUAUUUAUUUCAUGGAUGUGCACAAACUUUAAGUGCAAAUAAAGAGGAGCAAUAGAUCAUUGGUCAUGCACAUUGCUUUAUAUAUCUGAACUCCUAAAGUUAAUUCAGAUAAUCGAGAAUAGACAUCAUCUUGGUUAUCAAUGCCCAUAAAUCGCAUAAAAUAUAUAUGUAGCUGAGAAAACAAUAUUUUCAUGCAUAGACCAUUUUGCUUUUCUAGAGCAAAUAAUCUAGAGACUGUUAUUACUCUUCUGCCAAUGAUGUAGUUAUAAUACCAUGUCAAAGCUGCUACAAAAUACAUUAAUCUUACACAUA